CUUGACGCGGCCGGGAAUAAAGGGAGAAAACUACCGUUGAAAGACCUGAUCAUCCAACCGCAGAACACGCCGAGGAUCAACACGCGUAGUGGAAGUAGAAGCAGGGGAGUGGAUGGAGGUCGAAGGAAUAAUGGCAAUCGUUGUACUAGCAGCAACUGUAGCAGCAGUUCCUCCGCCACAGAGUCCUCUUCUUCCGCAAACACUAUCUACUCCGGCUCAGCGGAGAGUGUGCGUUCCUUUCUCCGCGAAUUGUCGGUCCGGACCCUGGGGUACGAUUUAUUGCGAGCGCAGCAGGAGCGAGCCGUCGGAACUACAGCGAGGGCUAGAACAGG